GCAAUUUGCCAGUCAAGGACUGUCCGAGUUCCGACAGGCAGCUGGUUAUCCGUAAAAUUAAAGCUACUCCUGCGGCAGGCUUCGUCUUCUAUCAUUUCUCUUUCAAACCCCUAAAACCCUAGAAGCAAUCAAUCCCAAGCCCCAAAUUGAAGCUUUUGAAUGCUUGAUUUUGUAAAAGUACCCCCAGUUCCAGCAUGGGAGCAAGCAGAAAACUCCAGGGAGAGAUCGAUAGGGUCUUGAAGAAGGUGCAAGAGGGCGUCGACGUCUUCGAUAGCAUCUGGAACAAGGUUUAUGAUACGGAGAAUGCGAACCAGAAGGAGAAGUUUGAAGCGGAUCUCAAGAAGGAGAUCAAGAAGCUGCAGAGAUAUCGCGAUCAGAUCAAGACGUGGAUUCAGUCGAGCGAGAUAAAGGAUAAAAAGGUUAGUGCCUCUUAUGAGCAGGCUCUCAUGGAUGCUCGGAAGCUAAUUGAGCGUGAAAUGGAAAGAUUCAAAAUUUGCGAGAAGGAGACUAAAACAAAAGCCUUCUCCAAAGAAGGGCUUGGUCAACAACCCAAAACUGAUCCAAAAGAGAAGGCUAAAUCUGAGACUAGGGACUGGUUGAACAAUGUGGUUGGAGACUUGGAAAGUCAGAUUGAUAACUUUGAAGCUGAAGUUGAAGGUUUUUCUGGGAAGAAAGGAAAAACAAAGAACCCUCGGCUGGCACACCUAGAAACAUCCAUUGGUAGGCACAAGGCUCAUAUAAUGAAGCUGGAGUUGAUAUUGAGACUGCUAGAUAACGAUGAGUUGAGUCCUGAUCAGGUUAAUGACCUUAAAGAGUUUCUUGAAGAUUAUGUGGAAUGCAAUCAGGAUGAUUUUGAACGGUUCGACGACGUUGAUGGAUUUUACAGCUCUUUACCAUUAGAGGUAGAAGCACUUGAAGAUCUGGUCGCCCUUCCUUCUGGUCUUGCUAAGGGUGCUCUGUCAUUAACCAGUCAGCAGACUACUGAUCAAGAUCAGAGGGAAGAAACUGCUUCUCAGGAUAGUAAUUCAGAGAUUGCUCCUAAAACUCCACCCUCUAAAACUGGAGCUACUGGAUCUUCGGUGUCGACACCUUCACCCAGUCCUGGUCCUGGAACACCAACAGGACCUAAUCCACCUACUACGCCUAAUGCUUCUGCUCGGCCAUUAGGUGGAGGGCCUGGUGUGGCUUCAGUACUUUCUAGUCCAGUGGCUGUUCGAGGUAUGAUGGAGAGCCCAACUGUUGCUGCAUCUCCAUCGCUUUCAAACUCAAAUUCAGUCAAGGAGGAUGAUAACAGUACCUUCCCUGGCCGUCGACCAUCUCCAGCCAUACCUGAAAUUGGACUUGGGAGAGGCAUUAACAGAGGGAUAUCUAGUCAAGCAGCGGUCACUGCUUCUACGAGUUCAGCCAGUGGGAUUUCAAGCAAUGGAGCUCUUGGUUCAGUUUCUGCAGUAUCUGACAUGAAUAAGAGAAAUAUUUUAACAGCUGAUGAGAGAAUGGGAAGUGGUGGCGCUGCUUCACCUUUGAUGUCGCCUUUAAGUAAUAGAAUGCUAUUACAGCAGGCUGCAAAAAGUAAUGAUGGGACAAAUUCAAAUGAUAAUGGUAAAGUUGGUGAGGUUCCCAUUAUUGGUGGAAGAGUCUUUUCACCUUCUGUUGCUAGUGGAGCUCAAUGGAGACCUCCAAGUACAGCUGCAUUGCAGAAUUCAAAUGAGACACUUCGUGGAAGACCUGAGAUUGCUCCUGAUCAGAGGGAAAAGUUUCUGCAAAGACUGCAACAAGUACAACAACAAGGUCAUAAUACUCUUCUCAGUGUUCCUCAUCUCUCAGGGGCAAACCAGAAGCAGUUCCCUUUACAGCAACAAAAUUCGCUUUUGCAACAGUUCCAUUCUCAAAGCUCAUCCUUGUCACCUCAACUGGGAUUAGGACUUAAUAUGCAACCGGGAUUCAAUUCUGCCUCAUCAGCGCAGCUACAAACCCCAACGCGUCAACAAUCUUCUCAGCAUCCUCUAAUCUCAACUUCACCAAAAGAUUCAGAUAUAAGCCACUCCAAAGGAGACGAGCAGCAGCCUAAUCUGUCUGAUAAUAUGAAUGUAGAAUCUACAGAAAAUUCCAGUCUUAACAAGAUCAUGAGCGAUGAAAAUUCAAAGUCGCCAUACAUGAUUGGUGGCUCUGCUGCCAUGACGGAAGUUAGCCAAGUACCAAGAGACACUGAUCUCUCUCCUGGGCAGCCAUUACAACCAAGCCAGUCGUCAGCUAGCCUUGGUGUUAUUGGACGAAGAAGCGUUUCAGACCUCGGUGCCAUUGGUGAUAAUCUUAGUGGAUCUGCUGGGAACUCGGGAAUCAUGCGUGAUCAGAUUUAUAAUAUGCAAAUGCUGGAGGCUGCAUUCUACAAACUUCCUCAACCAAAGGACUCGGAACGAGCAAAAACCUAUAUUCCAAGGAAACCCGCGGUAACUCCUCCCAGCUUCCCUCAAGCUCAGCAUGAAAUUGUUCAGAAUCCUACCUUCUGGGAGAGAAUGGGUCUUGAUCCUUUGGGAAGUGAUACCUUGUUCUUUUCGUUUUAUUAUCAGCAGAAAACUUACCAGCAAUAUUUGGCUGCAAAAGAGCUGAAAAGGCAGUCAUGGAGAUAUCACAAGAAAUAUAACACAUGGUUUCAGCGGCAUGAAGAACCAAAAGUCACUAAUGAUGAAUAUGAAAAAGGAACAUACGUCUAUUUUGAUUUUCAUAUUGCAGAUGAAGGCCCACAGCAUGGAUGGUGUCAAAGGAUUAAGACUGAAUUCACUUUUGAAUACAAUUAUCUUGAGGAUGAGCUUGUGGUGUAGAUAUGAAGCGCAUGACACUUGCGAAUCGACGAAGCUCCAGCCUGUGACUGAGGAGGAGACGAGGCAAAUCGGCGUGCAAAUGGUUAUUCGGGUUAUGGAAACUGUAAAACAGAGUAGUGUUGUGAUUGAAAGUUAUUCAUUUCGAGUUUUGCAACACUUCGCCAUUUGUAAGUUAAAAAUUGUUGUAUAAUUAUGUGGGAUUGAUAUGGGCCAGCUCCAAUAUUGUGGGAUAAAGGCCUUGUAUAAUUGUUUAUGUUCCCUGUGUGGGUACGGGCAUGUGAGAUGACCAAAGCAAGCGAUAAUGGAAGAAUGGCAAUAUUUGAAUUGUCCUUAGGAAUUACAAGCUCUUCCCUAUGUGUUGAGUUCAUGUACUACUCUACAGCAGAGAGUAACAUUUGUACCGGCCAUGUUUUAGUUGCUACGGCUUAAAUAGAGUAAGAAAAAGAAAGAGUAAAUUUAUUCAUUGAAAUUUAAAUGU